AUUGGAAAAGUGUGCAGUAGUUUAUGUUUUUACCAGGGAUGUUGCGACUUUCUGGGAUGAAUUGGAGCACAAGUGCAGCCUGCAGGAACUUACUUUCUAUCAAAUAACCAACUUGGAUUGUGCUGUAUUUUUACUCUUGGUGAUUAUUAUUAUGGGUUAUUAUUACCAUGGCCUGAUGCAAACUGGCCGGGUGUUUUGGAAACGAGAGCAGGUGGUUUUUUGGAUGAUGACAGAGAAAAGCGAUGGCUUCCCUUGGUUGUGAUUUUACGUAGAGGGGAUUUAUUUACAUGGAGACUCGCCUGACAUGCCGAGGAAGGAGUUGCCACUACCUGACGGCUGGGAGGAAGCCAUAGACUUUGAUGGCAAAGUUUACUACAUUGACCACGUACACCAGUGCACCAGCUGGAUCGACCCCCGGGACAGGCAGACAAAACCUCUGACCUUCGCAGACUGCAUCGGAGAUGAGCUGCCCGUGGGCUGGGAGGAGGCGUACGACCCCGUCGUCGGAUCUUACUAUGUCGACCACAACACCAAGAGCACCCAGCUGGAGGACCCGCGGGCCCAGUGGCAGCGGGAGCAGGAGGCCAUGCUGCGGGACUACCUGGCCGUGGCCCGGGACGCGCUCAGCGCCCAGAAGGAGAUCUACCAGGUGAAGGAGCAGCGGCUGCGGCUGGCGCAGCAGGAGUACCGGCAGCUCAGCGACGUGUGGAGGGACAAGUCCACGUCGCAGACCAGCUUGAAUUCCAGAUCGUCCUCUUCCAGCAAAUAUGACCCAGAGAUCCUGAAAGCAGAGAUCGCCACAGCCAAAAGUCGGGUGAACAAACUGAAGCGGGACCUGGCCUGCAUGAAGCAGGAGCUGCAGUACAAAGAGCAAGGCUUUGAGACGCUGAAAGAGAUCGACCAGAAGGUUUCCAGCAGCCCGUAUGGCUACAAGCUGCAGGAGGCGCAGGCCAUCCUCAACGAGGUCCGCUCCAUCCGAGACGCCAUCAGCUCCGGGGAGAAGGAGAAGCAGGAGCUCAUGCAGGUGAAGCUGAGUCUUGGUUGA